AUGACUCUAGUCCACCAUACUAGUAAGGAUCCGGGGUUGAGCCGUGAAUAUGCUGCAACCCAUGAAACGACAUCCAUGUCUAAAUUCGGUGAAUCAAUCAGAGGUCCCAGCAUAAAACUGGUUGCGACUGAAGUUUGCUUCCUGGAAACUCAUUUGUUAGUUCGAUCACAUUCCUCUCAGCCUCACACUCACGCCUAUGGGCGUUGCGGCAAAAUCACCGCCGUAUAUGAUGACACAGGAAUGCUGAAACGGGAAAAACUGAUUGGACAAGUGAAAUAUCUGCUGGAGAUUAUCGGAGAUAGUCCACCAGUUCACGGUCUCUUGAAGCAAAUGCUGGGGCCUCUAGGACACAUCUCGACUGAGAACUGCUGGUGGUGUCACAGGUUCGAGUCCGUUUGGUCAAACCAUCCUGGCACUCUGCAGGGGUUUGUUCUAAGUGCUCUUUUGCACGGGAAUGCAGUAGCGGUUACUGGUGGAUGCCGCUAUUUUCGGAUCCAUCGGGCUUUCGGUGGCUUGGUUCCUUUCCUUUCCCCAGCUAUCGCCGGGAGAACGAGCGUCAGGUCUCUCCACCAAGCCCCAUCUCACAAAGCUCUCCGCUUAAGUUUAAUUCCGCUGGGACUUCCGUUGAGAGGGAAUAAUCGCCGCACGAGUGAUCUGCGUCGAGGUUCCCGAGGCUCCCGUCGGUCCUCAUUCGGGUGGAUUUCCAUAGCGACUCAGUCGAAGCCACCUUAA